GAUUUGGGUGCAUGAUUCACAUCCAGAGGCACAGAGAAAGAGCUUGAGAGAGGGAUCCUGUGGCACAUUCCAGCCAUGGUGCCCCCUUGGCCUGGAUGGAUGGCCAGCUUCUUGCUCUGCUUUGGCUCCUUGGCUCACGCGUUACGCAUCCAAGAAUAUCUCUACUUCCAAGUGCUGAGCCCUGGAGACAUCCGCUAUAUCUUCACCGCCACACCGGCUAAGGAUUUCGGGGGCGUAUUUAACACAAGGUAUGAGCAAAUCUACCUGGUUCCAGCAGACCCUCCAGAGGCUUGUGGAGUGCUAAACAAUGGUGUCUUCAUAGAUGGCCAGAUCGCCUUGGUGGAGCGCGGGGGCUGCUCAUUCCUAUCCAAGACCCGCAUUGUCCAAGAGCAUGGAGGCCGUGCGGUGAUCAUUGCAGACAACGCCUAUGACAACGACAGCUCUUAUGUCGAGAUGAUCCAGGACAGCACCCAGCGGACAGCGGACAUCCCUGCCCUCUUCCUUCUUGGGAGAGAUGGGUACAUGAUCCGGCGAUCCUUGGAGCAGCACGGCCUCCCAUGGGCGGUCAUCUCCAUCCCCGUCAACGUCACCAGCAUCCCGACGUACGAGCUCAUGCAGCCUCCGUGGACUUUUUGGUAGCACACGUGGCCAAGGAUGCUGGUGGCCACAUCAAGGAGAAACCAAAGAGCAGAGCUGGGCUGGAACAGCAGAGACUCCAAUGUCUUGUGAGCAACCUGCGAAAGGAGCAUAGACUAGCGGCUCAUGACUGAUUGAAUCUCCUCAAAGCCUCCGGAGCCAUACUUAGGAAGAGAGACCUGUCUUGGUCCACCUGGCCCAGUGUUGUCAACUCUUGUCCAGCAGCAAUAACUUUUCAGGGUUUUAGAUAGGAUUUUCUCCUAGCCAUUGCUGGAAACUCCUGAUCUUCCCCACCAUAAGAAGAGCCUAAAAAGCUGGUUUAUUAUGAAUCAGACCCUUGGUGCCUCUAGUCGAGUUAUUACCGAUUCUGACUGGUUAUGAUUUCAGGUAGAAACACAGCCAUGUUUUCCCCAGCUGGUGGUCUCUCAUCCCAGGACCUGGACCUCCUUAGCAGCCCAAAUCAUAUGAGAUCAAGGGGGAUGGGUCCUUUUGGGGAUCCUUUUUCUUUUCCAGAUGAAAAGGACUUGCUUGCAACCAGCGAGCCAGCGUGGUGUAGUGGUUUGUGUUGGAUUAUGGAGACCAGGGUUCGAUUCUUGCUUGGACAUGAAACCCACUUCAUGAUCUUAGGUAAAUCACAUGCCCUCAACCUCACAGGAAGGCAGUGGCAAGGCUCCUCUAAACACAUCUUGCCAAGAAAACUCCAUGAUAGGUUCACCUUACGGUUGCCAUAAGUCGGAAACUACUUGGAAGGCGCACAGCAGACACACAACUCUCAUUGGCACUGGCUGGUCUCAGGUGAACGUUGUCAUUGCUGGACCAGAUGAGGAAAUGGCUCGCCAUUGCUAAAGUUCUGUUGCCAACUGCACAACCCACACAGUUGUGAAAUUUGCUGGCUUUGGCUAUUAUCUCCCAUCUCAAGGCAGUAAAUAGGUUGUAUGUUUGAAAAAGGAAACUUGUUCCUUUUUCCUUUGUUGUGUGCGUUCAGGUCAUUUCAGACUUAUGGCGACCCUAAGGCGGAUCUAUCAUGGGGCUUUCAUGGCAAGAUUUGUUCAGGGCUGGUUUGCCAUUGCCUCCUCCUGAAGCUGAGAGCGUGUGCUUUGCCCAAGGACAACCCAGUGGGUUUUAUGGCUGAGCUCCUGGGCAUUCAGAAAACCAGGCUCUCCCACCUCUCACAAGCUUUGUCCCUGAACGAAAGCAUCAUGAGAUGCCCAGCGUGGCUCCUUUUCUGUUCUGAUCUGCGAUGGUGGAGCCAUCCUUGCUUGUUGCUGCUCACCCUGAAACAAACCAACAUUGUUAACCUUCUGUGGGUGCAUCUACACUGAAGAAAUUAUGCUGUUCGACAUCACUUUACAUGCUGUAGCUCCCUCCUAUGAAAUCCUGGGAUUUGCAAUUUUACAAGGCCUUUAGCCUUCUCUGCCAGAGUGCUGGUGCCUCACAAAACUACAAAUCCCAAGAUUCUAUUGGAUAGCACUAUGGCAGUUAAAGUACUGUCAAACUGCAUUAUUUCCUCAGUGCAGAUGACUUAUUAAAUAUAUUCGAAGCCUGCCGACUCUUGGUACAUAGCUAUGCUUUUCUGAUCGGUUCCAGCUCCAACUCCCAUAGUCCCAGCCAAAGAGCUUUCUGGCUGGGGAUAAUGGGGGUUAUAGUCAAAACAAUCUAGAGGGUACCACGUAGUGGAAGGCAGUUACAACAUGUGAAGUCACAGACAUAGGUUUUUUUACCCAUGACCCUGUCCAAAACUGAGGAAGUCAACUCUUUCAGGUAUUGGAUGAUUUUUGUGAACUGCUGAACAUUAAAUAUCUAUCUCUA